CUCCUUGUGGCCCGUGACCUAUUGAUGCCUCCUCCUAAUAAUAAUGUCCCAGUCAUGUCACAUCUUGUUCGUGUAAGGACACGUGAUCAGUGUAGAUAACUUCUUUGUGCUACCUCCCACAACAUUUGUUUCAGUCGUGGGAAAUACUCAUUUCGUCAUGAAAGAAAAAUAACCUUAUGUCUAGAUUCAUUAUUAUAGGUGGUACGUGUCCAGUAGCAGUAAAUACGUCUUCAUCAGUAACAGUAAAGCAGAGCAUUCCCGUGUGCCGGAAGAGGUCGCCGCGGCUGGAGACAAUUCAGCCGGUGUUCUACUGGCGACUGGCCUCCUCGAGUUCUUGAUCUUGGCGGAUUGCCGUCCAUGGAGACCACACGAAGCGAUGGCAGCAUCAUGGUGGUAGGGGCGGUCGAUAUCGAUUGCCCCCAGCACCGGCUGUGCGGGUACCGCGACUUGAUACGGGGCGUCUCCGGCGGCGGCGCCGCCAUGUCGCGCUGGCCGGAGGCGGCGCCCUUCGUCCCGCAGAUCGCCAGUACUGGUGGCGAUGGUGGUGCAGCGGUGGCCGGCGGCGGCUGGUCGAGCGGGAGCUCAAGCCCGGCUCCAUCGUCUUGCAGCUCCUCCUCCUCUUGGCGCGAGGGAGACUGCUGCUACGACGUCUGCUGGUGUUCUUCUUCCACGGUCCACGAGCUUCGCAGCAUCGCGGAGCGGAUGGUCCGUGACGGCUACAUCGAGGGGCUCAUCAGGGCUUUCGGUGGCGCGGCCACUGCCGGAGCCGCCGGACGGCGUGGCCCCCCAGACGAGCUUCUCCUCCAUAACUGGUUCUCGCAGCUCGACGUGGAGUGGGUCCUGCUCCUCCAUACCUGCAGCGAGGAAGAAGAAGACGAACACGUACGACGACCUCCUCCUCUUCCCGUGGAAGAUUUGAUGGCGCUUAUGGAGCGGUGGAUCCGAGCCCUCCUAACCAUGGUGCAGGUUCUCUGCAUCACGCAGCUCGAGCUCCGCGCCAAGAAGCCAACCGUCGCCGGAGUCCGGAGAGCCAUCCAGUUCUUCCUGCUCCGCCGCGACAGCAAGACGGCGCACGCGGACUACGUGCAGCAGGUGGUCCAGUUCGCGCGGUUCGCGGAGGAGAGCAUCCUCAGGAUGCUGGCCUUCGUCGACGCCGCCACUCUCGCCGUCGUCGAGGAGGACGACGACGACCACCGGGUGGCCGAGGCGCUCCCGGGGAUGUUGCAGGUGUACGCCUGCAUCUCCGAGGCCUCUCCGACCGUGCUCGCCAUGUUCAAAGAAGCAUCCGAUCUCCUCGCUUCCGGCUCCUCCCGCCAUGGCCAGGAGGCACAGGUUUUCGACGGCAUGGACGGCAUCUUCCUGCGCAAGAGGAAGAAGCUGAGCGACGCGAUCUGGGACAUGAUGGAGAAGGUUCGAUCCUCCUUCUUGCAGGAUGGAUGCUGGCAAGUCUCGCCGGAGGCAUCAGCAUCAGGAGUCCAUGAGACCACCGUGCUGAUGAUGAACUACAUCGCGCUUCUCUGGCGCAACGACGACGUCCUCACCUUCAUCCUGCAGGAUCACCACUUCAGCGUGUUCGUCUCUCACACCCAGGGCUUCAGCUCGGUCGUGAACCUGAUCACCGACAUCAUCUCUUGCCUUGGCCACAAAUUGGAGGAAAUUGCCUCCUCCCUUUCCAAUUCCAUCUUGGACCCAGCGUUGCGUUGCAUUUUCUUGCUAAACAAUUGGCAGCUUGUGUUGCACCGCAUCGAAUCCCUGGACCUGCCAUCUUGGGCCUUGAUAGACAGAUGCAGGACACGGAGGUACAUAGACACUUACAUUGACGUCUUCUGGUCGCCUCUGUUGUGCUGCAUCUUCAUCGGAAAUUCUUCUGAUACUCCUCGAAAGAAAACCUACAGACCUGCUUUCGGCUUCCGAAGAUACCUGUCUCUUGAAAAUUUUGAGAUAGAAUUCAGAAAAACCUACGCGAAGCACAAGUUUUUCAAGGUUCCAGACCCUAAGCUUCGGCAGAGAUUACGUCAAGCCAUCAUCCAGAAAAUCAUUCCGCAUUAUAGCAUGUAUCUGGAGGAGCGAGCAGCAAGGGGAAUGCACAAUCGACCUCCCAAAAUUACUCCUGAGCAGUUGAAGGAGCUAUUAGAAGAAUUAUUCGAAGGUUGAAGCAGAUGAAUUUCAGUGGAAUAAAUGGCUAUAUAUUUAAUUAGCACUCACCGUUUUGUCACCCUAGCUUGGGUCGUAGGUUUGAAGGUUUGUGCUCCGGCCAGCAAUUAAGGUGUGGUUUGUCUUCUUUGGACUUUGGUGAUUAUGGUGAGAGUAUAAUUCACCAAGUUCCUGCAAACAGAAACUUGGUUAGUCUUGCCUUAUUCGCCGGAGACCUUACUUAGUCUUGCCUGCUUGUGAAGAUGGGGGUUACUAAAACUGUUGAAAUGAGUUUUACUUAAAUGUUACAAAUUUAAUUAUUUCCGUUGUACAGAUAAUCUAUUAUCAUCUUCGUGUACUCUCUUUGGUUUUGUCGUGCAUCUACUUGUACUUUAAUAUUGUGGUGUACCAGUAAAGUAAUAAGAAGUAAUACGUUGUGAGUUGUGGCA